AUGGUCUUCCACAAAGGCGAGAAGAAGCACGCGUGUGCUCGCUGUGGCGCCCGGUUCGUCACCGCGAAGCUGCUGCGACAGCACAUGAUAAAACACUCGGAGAUCCGAGAGUUCGUCUGUCCGCACUGUCCCCACAGAUUCAAGACAAAGGCGUUUCUGGACAGCCACGUGCUGACGCACCUGGCGCGCGAGCACCGGGACCAGGCGCCCUGUCCUCACUGUGAUGCGACGUUCCUGUCGAGCUACGGCCUCCGAAGCCACGUCGCGGCGCGGCACGCGGCCGGCGAGGAGCCGACACGGUGCGACAAGUGCCAGAAGGCGUUCUCCAACGCGAUGAGGCUCAAGUAUCACCAGAAGCGAACUCGCGGUUGA